GACUGAAGUGAAUGUGUAUAGUUCAAUGUAUAUGUCCAUUUUAUUUACUUGUAUUCCCUUUGCUCUCUGAAGCCGAGACAAAAUGGCGUCCCAUGUUGAGUCCAGGGAAGGUCAUCCAUCUGGUUAUGGUAUCAAAGAAGAAGAUGACUACAUUGAAUUAGAUGUUGAUAUCAAAGACGUAGCGAAGACAGAAUUGGAAGUUCAUAAUCCAGAGGAAACUGCAAGAUCUUUGAAUGGAGAAUCGAUUCGUACGGACCAUAAGGUUUGCAGUGUCUGUGGGAGGAGUGCAAAGAACCACCAUUUUGGAGUGCUGUGUUGUGAUCCGUGUGGAGUGUUUUUCAGACGAGGUGUUCAGAGUAACCUCUGGGAAACUUACAUCUGUUUUAAAGAUAAUCAUUGUGACAUCACCAAAAACAGGAAAUCCUGUCAGUGUUGCAGGUUCAAGAAAUGCCUCAGUGCAGGGAUGGACAUGUCCCUCGUCAUGACAGAAGCGGACAGGAGAGCUCGCAGGAGUCGAAAGAUGAAGAAGCAGAGACAGAUUACAUUAGAUCGCCAAAGACUUGGAGGGGCUGCUCAGCAAAGCUAUUUAGACAUACUGCAAGAAUUUAACAAUGCUUCCGAUCUCACGUGUGACCUUGGCGACUGCAGAUGUUCCAGGCAUGAGCAACAAAGGAGAACAAACCCUGUCAAUGAGGACACGAUCAGUAAAUACAAAAUCGCAGAUCUUCAGAAGAUUCUGCGAAAGUGUCUCACCUUCCCUGAAGUUCUGACCCCCCUUCGGGUGGGAGAUCCAGACAUCACUGAAAAUCUCUUCAUUGUCUUUUGCAAAAACAUAGGAAGAUUUUUUUGUUCAAUUCCAGAAUUCCAAGAGCUGGAUCCUACAUAUCAAGGGUAUUUGCUAAAACCUGCUAUUGCUAAGGCCAUGUUCAUCUUGGGGACCCACCAGUACAAUCCCAUCAACAAAUGUUGGCCAAGGGUUCCUUUGAGUCCUUCUUGUAUGUUUCCAACCAUUUCAAUGUCUGAUAUGGAAAGAUUUAUUGAUGAUGACGUGACAAUGCGAAAGUGGAAAAAGUUCAUUGAAAAAUUUUCUUCGUUUUUCUCUGACGAAGUGGUGACACUGCUGGUUCUGGUCACAUCCCUCUUCGAUUAUAAGAAUUCUAACUUGAUGGCCGUCCCUGAGAUAGCCCUUAGGCAGGCCAAAUACCUUCAGUUAUACAAAGUCUAUUUGCAAAGUCAUCAUUACCAGGCCUCGAACAUUAUGGCAAAUCUCUCGUAUCUGAAGAACUCCUUGAUAUACGUCGACGAAUUGAUGGAAUCUUUUCAAAACUCGAGCACUGAAGCGAAUAAAGGAGCUGCUCGGGAUGAUGGUACUUGCCAGUUUUCACAUUCUUUGAGUAACAAAAUCCCUCUCCAAAGCGAGCCCACAAUCAUCAGUGAUACUGAAGGUUUUUCAUUUCUGCCUGCAGUCACCACAGAUGCAGAGAUGAUCCUCUUUAACAGUUAGUCGUCUCUGGUAUUGCCGUUACCCCGUGUAUGAUGAGAGGGAUUAUGGCUCUUACAGUCAUCCUUCCUAAUGUUUGAAUUACUUUGUGAAUGGAAAGCUCACUUUCAGGUUAGGUAUCCUUGGCUAUUUACGUUUCUUACUAGCAUGGUGUGUUCUUAAAAUUGGUGUUAAUAUGUACAACCUGCAAGGUGUGAUGAGGUACAUUUAAUUUCUGUGGUGCCAUAUUAUUUUUAUCAAGUGUUAUGUGAUAGUUAUUUAUGAUAAGUAUCUACUUUUACAGUAAGGAUAGUGACUGCAUAUACUAUCAUUCGAUCGCCUGUGGAAUGAAUCCAUGACUGAAGUUUCUUUUCUCUUGAAGAGAUUGACUCGAUUUUACAAAUAUUACAUUGCCAAUUAAAGAAAACUAAAUAUUUAUCAAAUUGCUCCAUAUCUACAUUUUUUCGUAAAUGAAUUUGUUUAAAUUUUUUAGUUGUUGGCAAAGGGCAUAGCCUAUACACCAAGAAAUAUGCUUUCAGUGUUUACUUAAUAUAGGCACUUUAUUUUUUGUUUUGUCUUAAGAUCACCUCAGCAGUCAUGUGAAAGUUUAACAAGGUAAACAAAGAAGAGAUCACAUCUGUUGAUGUCAAUGGCAAUUGAUUUUAGUCCUUAAUAUGAGACCAGUCAUUUUUCGAUGUAGGGAAGCUGCAGACAACCAGGCAGGAAAUGAAAAUUCCAGUUGCAAAACAAGAAAUCUAUAAUAUAAAGUUCACGAUGAAUGGAUAAGGUAUCAUAGGUAGCAAUGGGCUCUCAUCUAAGGCUAAUAGUAGGAACUGUGGUUAAGAUAGUCGACCAUCUGAUUACAUUAGGCAUAGAGUUACAUCAUGGUUUCUCAGUGCUGAUAUCUCAAAGGCGAAACUGUUCCAAAACUCUGGCACUAGCGUUUCAGGGUUGAUCUGGUUCUGUAACAGGACUCUGUAUUCUGUCUGUUUUGCUCAAUAAGAUUAUUAGAGUGAGGAUGAUUGUAUUCGUAAUACUCUCUGUCCUAUCAAGUUGUCUGGCUUACACAAGAGCCAGUUGUUUGGCUCACAUGUGAUCCAAAGCGCCUCAGUGACGUGGUCAGUAUGGUGUUGGCGUGCCACUUCGGUUGCUGCGAGUUCGAUGCUCGGGCAUUCCAUUGAGGAGAUAGAGAUGUGUAUUUCUGGUGAUAGAAGUUCACUCUCGACGUGGUACGGAAGUCACGUAAAGCCGUUGGUCCCGUUGCUGAAUAACCACUGGUUCCAUGCAACGUAAAAACUCCGUACAAACAAACACAUGUGAACCAGUUGUAUGUCUGCCAACAGUAGAAGGUAAUAGAAUCCAUGACAUUUACAGAAGAAUCUUAUGAGUCAUCUCUAUCAAUGAACGAAUUUGGAUCAAUCCUGGAAAAUGCCAUAGAGACUGCUCCAAACCUCUGUUCAGUCCAUAUACCAUGAUCAGACACAUCACAGAAUUUUAGGGAAGAGAUAAAUAUUUCGACAUUAUUAAACCAGCAGAUAAAUUGA